CAGUCAGUCAGUUUGCGAUCAUAGGUUCAAAACACGGAAAUCACAAUAUUUCGAGCACAUUUCGAGGUUAUUUCAUGCUGCUAUGACGGACUUGUCAACCGUGCCAAUUGUUGCUCUCUCGAAUACAACCAAACAAUCAAUUUCAUCGUUACUAAAUCCUACAAAAUGCUUGCCAGCAGACAACGGAUUACUAAGAGAUUGGAGAGGAUUAGCAGAACUGGCAGGUUUGGGUGGCGUGGACCUACCCAAUCUGUCAUCCAAACCAGAUCCAUGUGGAUAUAUUCUAAGCAUAAUGCAAGAAAAAAGUGAGGGUCUUAUGCUCACUGCGUUUCAAGCAUUGUUGGAAAAAUUGGAAAGAUGGGACGUCAUCGACGAUACAGUCGCUCUAAUGGAGAAAGAUGCUGAGAUCUAUAAACAACAUUCGCAAAGAACGUCAACAUCGGCAAAUGCUAUUGACAAUCGAGUUGAGGAACAGAUCAUAACAUACGAUGAUUUGUGGCGAGUUCCGCAAGGCUUAGGCAAACAGAAAUAUGAUGCAUUUCUUUUAUUCGUUGAGGAGGACAUCAAUUUUGUCAAUGAAGUUUGUGAAAAGUUAGAAGAUGAAUUUAAUCUCAAGCUUUGCAGAAAAGAUCGAGACUUUAUAGUAGGACUUCCAUUCGAACAUAAUGCAAUAAUGAAAUUGAUAUCUGAACGAUGUAACAGAUUAAUUGCAAUAUUAUCUCCCAAUUUUGUAAGAAGUUCAGUCACCGAAUUUUUUAUCAAUUUCACUCAAGCACAAGCAAUAGAGACAAGGGCGCGAAAAAUUAUCCCUUGCUUUUACGAGAGAUGCGAGGUACCAGUCCAAUUGAGAUAUUACCACAUACUAGAUUUCAAAAUACAAAGCAAGAAUUUCAACUUUUGGGAAAAAUUAAGCAGAUCGAUAAAAACCCCAGAAGUUCGGUGUGGCGAAACAAGAGCAACUCCACCUGCCGUUGAGAAUUCAAAGCCUUGUAAAUUCCUGCAAGAUACAGAAAGGAACGGAUGUUCCAUGGUUGAAAAAGUUAAUGAGGAGAAAGGAACUCCUUGCAAAUCAUAUGAGCCGAAACGACCGUGUAAUGGGGAAAAUGUUGAGGUGGACCCUGAUGUGAUACCUGAAACAGUUGCAACGAAAUCGAAAGGACCGCUGGGGCUUUUCACGUUUAAAAAAUUCUUACUUUCCAAACAGAGUAAAGUAAAAUGUCCAUCCGAAGAAGCCGAUAAGUCCAGAAGUCUGCCCGCUCUCGACGUUGCAUCGCUUGGUUCGACGAAUUCCCUAUCGGAUUGCAGUAAAAAGAAGAAAACUACUAGUAAGAAAUAUAAGAACAAAAUUCGCGUUUUUUUGAAAUCGUGAUUGCGAAAUACGAUCUUUGUCCUAUUUGGCACGUCAUUAAACAAUAGAAGUUUUAACGAUAGUUGUUUAUAUUUACUUAUUCGGUGGAUGCACCGAUGAUCCUCGAAAAAUACUCUAUAAAAUAUAAAAUUUGCAUAGGACUCUGUUCUUAUAGAGAAGAUGUGCUAAUAAAGCCUAUCACGUUUCUGGUUUCGAAAUGGCAGUUGCAAACUUCCUCAUUUUUGGAGAUAUCCAAAAUCAAAUAUCUUUCAAAGAAGCACUGCGAUCGUGCCUUAUGCAAAAAAAUGAAGAGCCGGCUAGUUUUUUGAUAGAACUCGUUCUCAUCGCUAAAUAUAGCGUCAUCAAUCACUAUCAUAAAAUUUUUGAAAAACUUGAGCUUGAAAUUGCUUCAUGUAUUUCAUGACUUGUGCACAUGUUUCAUUAUAAGGAG